AUGGCAGGGGAUGAUGGCGAGACCAAGGUGGUCCGGGGCGCCUCACUCCUCAUCCUGCUGCAGGUCUUCUCGCGUGCUGUCACCUUCGUCGCCAACCAGCUCCUCCUGCGAUUCAUGACGGCGUCCCUCCUCGGCGUCUCAACCCAGCUCGAGGUCUACUAUCUCUCGGUCCUCUUCUUCGCACGCGAAAGCCUGCGCGUGGCCAUCCAGCGGCAGGGGUCCGUGUCGUCUGACCGAUCUUCGCCCACCAAGGAUGCGAAGCAGCAGCAGAAGGAUGGCAAGCAGCACACCCAGGCUCAGGAGACCCAGGCGGUGGUCAACCUGGGCUACAUCGCCAUCAUCCUGGGCAUCGCCGUCGCGGCGAUGCUGGGGUGGAUGUACCUCGGCUCCAUCCCCACGGCCACGCUCCUCACCACGCCCUACCUGGUCCCGUCGGUCUACAUCUACGCCCUCGCCUCGGUCCUGGAGCUGCUGUCCGAGCCGGCCUUCGUGGUGAUGCAGGUCCGCCUGCAGUUUGGCGCGCGCGCCUCGGCCGAGGGCGUCGCCACCUUUGGGAAGUGCGCGGUCACUCUCAUGUCUGCAGUCUGGGCGUCCCGAAACGGCCUUGAGCUGGGCGUGCUGCCUUUUGCGCUGGGACAAGUCGCCUACGGAUCCGGCCUGCUGGUGACAUACACCUGGUACGGCUCGGGGCUUGCGAAAAGGGAGGGCUUCUCUCUGCUUCCCAGACGGUUGGGUGAGGGGACGGAGUACAUCCUGUCGUACUUCUACCAGCCGACUAUCAAGCUCGCCUCGUCCAUGAUGAUUCAGAGCUUCGUCAAGCAUAUCCUGACACAAGGUGACACCUUCCUUGUCAGCGCUCUGUCUACGCCCACCGCGCAGGGAGUAUACGCACUGGCGAACAACUACGGAGGUCUUGCAGCACGAUUAGUCUUUCAACCUGUCGAGGAGAGCAGUCGGAACUAUUACAGCCGACUGUUGUCCAGCGACAGCGAGCCCGCACCAUCGGGGGUCACGGAGAAGCAGGUGUCGGACAAAGACGAGGGCGCCAAUAGUCAGGGUACCUCGAAACCGUCUAAGACAGCACUCACCCAGGCUUCCGAUGACCUCACCAGCCUGCUCCGAUUCUACACCUUCGUCUCAGUCCCUCUGCUAGCCCUAGGCCCAACCGCAGCGCCCCUUGUCCUGUCGCUCAUAGCAGGUCCCCAGUGGACGGCCUCGGGCGCGGGGGAGGCCCUCGCUGCGUAUGUCUACUACAUCCCGCUGCUUGCCAUCAACGGCCUCGCGGAGGGCUUCGUCGCGUCCGUCGCAACUGAGGCGCAGGUGCACUUGCAGUCGGCCUGGAUGACGGCCUUCUCGGUUCUGUUUGGGGUUAGCGGGUACGUGUUCCUCAGCGUUCUGGACUGGGGCGCCGUGGGCCUGGUCUGGGCUAACGGCAUCAACAUGGCUGGGCGCAUCGUCUGGGCUGUGUGGUUUAUCCGGCGCUACUUCGCCCAGAGAGGCGCGCGCUGGGAGGUCACGGCGCUCUUGCCUAACUCGCUGGCUGUCCUGGCUGCUGCAGUUGCAAGCCAGGUCGUGAGGAGGGUUGUGAAUUCUGAGAGUGCUGGCGCGGGUGUGAAGGCUGUUCUGGGGGAACUGGUCAAGGUUGCGGCGACUGCUGUGCCUUUCGUUGCCGUACUAGCAUUCGCCGAGCGCCGGUUCCUCAUCCAAUGUUACCAGGCUGUCCGUGGUGGAAAGCCUCAAGCUUCAAAACCCAAAUAG